AUGGCAAGUGCAACACAAAGUUCCUGGCAUGCCCAAAGAAAUAGUGAUCAACAGCAUAAUAUGACCGAUAUAACGGAGCCUAAAAUGUUAAGAGAAGAAAACAUUAAUCUUCCGUCUCCUUCAAAAUCGUUACAGGGUACUCAAAUACGUCGAGAUUCAUCGAAUUCCGUAGAGAGCAUUCAGAGCAUUAAAGUAGAAUACGAAUCGUUAUCAGAUGCCCGCAAGGAAAAUAAGAAGACACCCAAGACAGAAAAUAUAAAAUCAAGAAACGGAGGAAUAAGUAGCUUUUUAAAGCCUAAGUUUUUAAAGUCAAGGUCAUCUCUUACUUCUAGCGGUAGUAUGGAGAAUAUAAUACGAUCUGAAUCCAACUUUACUACCAAACAGAGACAAUCUACUAUUGAAGAUUUUGCUGAUACAUCAUCAGAAGACGAGAAUUCAAGACAGUAUGUUUAUGAUGCCGAGUCAAUUAAUUCUAUUCUAGAGGAAUAUCAAAUGAGAAAUUCGUCAUAUAUUAGUCCAACUAAAAAAAAUGAUUUUAUAUUCAAAGAGGAGUUCAAUGAUUCAUCGGAGCUGAAUAGAUCGAGAUUAUCUAGCACAAGCAGAACUAAUUCAACAAGAAAAAGUAUACAUACUCCUACAUUGAUAUCCAAGGCCACUCAAGUUAAAAGAAAUAAUCCAAAGUCUUCCAUUGAGCGGACUUUAGGUAAUCGUUCGAGUCACAGUAGCUCUGGAAACUCUUCAUCACCCGGCGCAUUUUAUGAUUGUUCAAAAGCCAGCAAUGGCACUAAUAGUGAUAGCUCAAGCUCAUCCAAAUUUAAGAUAUACCCUGAUAAACAGAAUGAUGGUGAAUCAGACAAAAGGAAAAAGGUUGAUAGACGAAAUAUUAUAAGUACAUCUUCAAACAUAGAUGUAUUCAAUAGGACAUCAUUAUCUAAUUUGACAACCAUAUCUAAUAUUGAUUUUAACAUGACUGAUGAAAACAAAUACCCUGCAUCCAACUCAUCUAAUAGCCAUAGGCAAAGCAAAAGACAAAGUGACAAUCGUUUUCUAUUUGAUGCCUCUAAUAACAUAUUAGAAUCUGAAUAUGAUGAAAAUUUUGAUUCAAAUGUUCUGGAAAGAGUCCUUCGACCCAAAGAUAGAACAAGCAUUUUCUCCGAAAGGUUUCCGAACACUAGCCAAAUCAACAUGGAUGAAACAGCUAUUAAAAACACAACAAAAGACGUAACAAGGUCGUCUAUGUCUACAAAUGAAUUGCUAUAUAAAUUAGAAACAUUUUACGAUAAUGAUAAUGAUAAUAAUACCCGAGAGUCAAUCUCUAAUUCAAAGGAAUCAAAAGGCUUUUACGAUUUAACUGCUGGUGUUGACUCUAAAACAAAACUUCCAGUAAUGCUUUACAAAGUACAGGAUAAAAACUACAUCGAAAGAAACAAUAGGUGGUCAGUAGAUGAGACAACUCAAAAGAUCCUACGCUCGAAUACAUCUCCAGCAUCAAGUCUGCAGAAUGUAAGUCAAGAGUGUAUCUCAAAACCUCUCGCUGGAUCCAGUAUACCACUCCCUGAAACAUCAAAAUCUCGACUUGGGCAGUAUGCAUCUACAGCUAGCUUAACUCUGGCAAGAAGAAUGCUAUCGUUGAAUAGCGUCUCAUCUCAAACCCAUGGCUCUAAUAUCCUUGAUGAAAAAAGAUCAUCGCCCUCACUGCGUGAUAUAGCUAGUUCUAGAAUUCAAUCUCAUGGUUCCAUAACACAGUUUACUCCUAAUAACUACCUACAAGACACCUUAUCGAAGAAUAAUUCCCAUGAGCAUAUGCUCAAUAACACCCCAAGCACCAAAUACAAUGCAAUUGAUUCUUCGUACGAGGAUCUAGAAAAAAAUGAUCUCAAGCCUCCUAUCAACCACAUGCCUUACAAUACUCACUCGUGGCCCCUUUUCAUAUUGGUUAUGACAAUUGGUUUGGUUGUCCCGCCGAUAUAUAUCUUGAUUGCUGUCGGGUUCUUUGAUAAUAACACUUACUACCGUCAAUACAACCAACAACUGACUUAUCUUGUGGUUAAUCCCAAUCAAAACAAAAGAUUUUCUAAAACUCAAAAGUUAGUCAGCUUCAUCAUUGGUUUAGUAUGGUUAUGUAUUGUUUUGGCUAUGAUAGGAGUGGGUAUUGGUAUAGGUAUUAGCCGUGAAAGUUAG